AGUCUUAUCCAGCCGUACCAAACCAGGAGAAGUCGGAUCGAUACAAGUCAACAUUUAUCAAAUUGGAGCAAGUUGGAGUCGAGGAUCCUCUUUUUGAGCCUCUUUGAGAAUGAAUGUCGAUCUGUUGAUAUAUAUCUCCGCAGCAAUCGUUAUACUAGCUAUUAUAUGUACCGCUCUUUUAGGUAAGCGGAAUGAACGAGCCAACGUUCAAAAUGCUGAUAUAGACCAACAUAGACCAUUGAGGCGAAGAGGCGCUGUAAGGCACAGACGUCGUAUGCAGGAAAAUGUUAAUCAUGCUGAUCAACAACCUGAGGAAAAUGACAGACCGAUCUAUCAAGAUAACGACGAGGAUGAAGAUCAUAAGAACGAAAAAAUAGGAACGAAAAAACGGGCAAAGUUAGCGGCUAAGGCAGAAAAGAAGAUUAAGAGAGAGGCGGCUGAACGAGAGAGAGAGGAUCAUAAAAAAAGAGAACAACUUUUACAAGAGGAAAGAGAUAAAGAGACUGAGAAAGAGCGCGUUGAGCAACUACUAGCAGAAGAAGCAGAAAAGAAAGCUAGAGAGGAAAAAGAAUGGCAAGAAUAUGAAAAAUAUUUGAAGAUGAAGGAAGCUUUUAGAGUGGAGGAAGAAGGUUUUGAAGAGGAAAACAGAGAAUGCAAGGAGAACUUGUUGCAAGAAUUUCUUGCGUAUAUUAAGCUCAAUAAAGUGCUGGUUUUAGAAGAUCUAGCUGCACAUUUUGGACUGAAAACAGCGAACGUAAUAGAAAGAAUUCAAGAAUUGCAAGCUAAUGGUAAUUUAACUGGUGUAAUUGAUGAUAGAGGAAAGUUUAUUUACAUAUCGGAAGAUGAACUUCAAGCUGUUGCCAAAUUUGUACGUCAACGUGGUCGAGUUAGUAUCACUGAAUUAGUUGAAAAUUCGAAUAAUCUAAUUAAGUUGACUCCUUCAAAAAAAACUGUAGCAUUUAUGCUAAAUGAAUAAAUCUUUUGCCAAGUUUAAUAAAGAAUAUAUAUUCUAUUAUUCAAAACAUCUAACUUUGACCGUGUUGGCGUUCUCUAUUGUAUUUGAUGUAUUCAUAUAUACGGUCGUUUCUUAAAUCUUAACCCUUACGAUACAAGGUACAAUUUGGUGCCUCAUUCAUUCAAACAUGGGUCACUAAAUCCGUCCGCUUUUUUCAUCUAUUCAGAAUGAUUCAAAAAAUCUCAAAAAAUUCAC